UGCAGAUCUCAUCACCUAUAAUAUCUUGGGUGACUUCACGCAACAUAUAUUGCCGCCUUCCUGGUUCCAGUUGCGCCAGAAGAGUCCGGGGGCAUGGACAACACCUUCUCGUAUCAAAGGCGCCGGGUACGAGCGCGCACGGGAAUGGGCCAUCACAAGAAUUGAGGAUGAUUCGUGGAGGCUACAGAGCGUGGACAGUAGAAUGGAUGCUGUAGUUCUGGACCGAGUUUGCGAAUUCUCCCGGUAACACUUACCGCAAGUACUUUUGAAUGGCCACACUUCAACUUGUGAUUACGCAUGGCAAAUGCCUGGUAUAGCUGACCUUCUGCGUUAGACCCCAUCUUGAUGAACAGAUCAGCGCCAGCGUCCGCUCGAGAGGUUGGACGUGGACAGUAGACACGGACUCAGAUUGUCAAAAUUCUCCAUCUGGGCGCUUGGCAGCGUGUUGCGCGCAGCACUGGGGACAUCUUGAUGCGUUUAAUCAGGCUGUUCGCUUAUAACUCAGGGUCAUUCAAAGGGACUUACGGCGGCAGCUCAUAUGUACGGCCCAGAAACACCUGCCGUUCCGUCGUGCGUCUCUUCCUCCAUCAUCCCCGCAACGACGUCUCCAGUCAUCCUGCUAUCGGCCAGACCUAUCAAUGGACGCAGGCAUCGUGAAAACCCUCAAUGUCAAGCCCCACUAUGCACUUCUUUUGUCCUAUGCCGAUGCCUCGCUGAUGGUGACAGUUUUAUACGACUACGUAACACAUCUCAGCGAAGAAGUAGAACUGAUUUGGAGUCGAAAGUUCACGUUCACUUCUACUUUAUAUCUCCUGAUGAGAUAUAUCGGGAUAAUCUUUGCGAUAACGCUAUGCUUGUAUCGACUACCUGUUUCCCUCUCUACGCUUCCGUGUGAAACUUCUUGCAUCGUGACAACAGCGUUUAAAGCAGUACUCGCGCCGUUAAUCCAAGGGCUGAUGGCACUUCGCGUCUAUGUGCUUUAUGAGCAAUGCAAGUCAAUCGCUAUCCUGUUAUUCGUGUCGUUUGUUGUUUCACAAGCUACGGCGCUAACUGGGCUGUUCUUGAUAAUGAACGAGGAAACUACUUCGUAUCGAACCUUUGACGGGCUAUAUUGCUCUCUUGUUCCAUAUGAUAUGAACAACAAACGGUGGAUAAGGACGUUUAAUGUUUCCCUCGUGAUUCCGUUCGAAACCUUGGUCUGCGCACUCGCAAUGUUCAGUUGGUUUACCCGCUACAGAUCAACGUGUCGGCGAUUUAUGGAGUGGUCCGUCAACAACAUUAUAGCAACCUUAAUCAGGGAUAAUAUCGUCUACUUUUUGGUCGCUCUGAUUUGCAUGUGCUUGUCCUCGGAAUGGGCGCUACCUCAGAGGGCCAUCGACGAGUUCACCAUAGGAGCUGCGUGGUACACGAGCGUGGUCGACGCAAGUCAGGUCAUCAUGUUCUCGCUAUGUGGUCCGCACAUCAUUCUCAAUAUUUGCCGGUACCACGCGCGGAACAGAGCAUCUGAUCCAAGUGCGACCACCACUUUGAGCCCUCAACGUCAACAGCUCACUAGCGUUCCGCUACAAGACUUGGGCGCCGGAACAUCUGGUGGUGUAUACACCGUACACUCAGCGUGGAGCAGUGGCUCAAGGUCAGGUAACAUACAUAGUAGCGAGGUGUAGAAGACUAUAGCAUACUCUUGAUCUGUGUACAGCUCGCCUUUUUUUUCAAACUUACUUACAUGUUUUCGGAG